UCAAAUGGACUUUGACAUAUACGACAACACAGCUGUUGAUUAUAAUAUUGAAUUCAAAGUAUCAAACGAGUUUCCCAUUUCCUAAAGUUAUCCUUUCACCUGCGAACGAAAUAUAACGAAACGAAAAUGUCGGAAAAAAGUAGCCCAAUUAAAUAUUUUUUAAGUGGUGGUUUUGGUGGUGUCUGCACUGUUUUAGCAGGUCAUCCUAUGGACACUGUAAAAGUGAGAUUACAGACAAUGCCUUUACCGAAACCAGGCGAGAUAGCCUUGUACGCUGGCACAUACGACUGUUUUAAGAAGACGAUACAAAAGGAAGGCUUCAGGGGAUUGUACAAGGGCAUGUCGGCGCCACUCACGGGAGUGGCACCCAUUUUCGCUAUCAGUUUUUUUGGUUUCGGUCUCGGUAAGAAAUUGAUAAAAUCAGAUCAAGAUCAAGUUCUUACGAAACCAGAGCUGUUCUAUGCAGGUGCUUUCUCAGGAAUUUUCACGACGUCUAUCAUGGCGCCAGGAGAGCGCAUCAAAUGUCUGCUUCAGAUCCAACAGGGCGGUAACGUACCGCAGAAAUACAGCGGCAUGGUUGACUGCGCCAGACAGCUGUACUCAGAGGGAGGCAUGAGGAGCAUAUACAAGGGUAGUUUAGCCACCAUAAUGAGAGAUGUGCCUGCCAGUGGUAUGUACUUCAUGACUUACGAGUGGGUUAAAGAACUAAUGACGCCUGAAGAUGCCACUUCCAAAGUGAAGAUGAUGGCAACUAUAAUGGCUGGUGGUUGUGCUGGUAUAGCUAACUGGCUGGUAGGCAUGCCAGCUGACGUGCUGAAGAGCAGACUGCAGACGGCUCCUGAAGGGACAUACCCUAAUGGUAUGAGGGAUGUAUUUAAGCAGUUGAUGGAGAGAGAAGGCCCCACAGCCUUGUACAAGGGAGUGACUCCCGUCAUGCUCAGAGCCUUCCCGGCGAAUGCAGCCUGCUUUGUAGGAUUUGAAUUUGCUAUCAAGUUCCUUGACUGGAUCGCCCCUAAUCUUUGAUAGCAGCCACAAGUGAAGUGAAAUGAAAUAUAAAUAGAGAAAAGUGUAUUGUUUCAUAGUUAGUAAGUAAUAAGUUUAAAUUAGUUGAAUUAUUCAAGCAUGUGACAGGAAAAAUAUGAACAAAAAAAUAUAUUUUAAUGACAAAUCACAAUUUUUUCAAGUUAUGUAUAAAGAGUAAUUUAAUUAAUGACAGAAUUUACAUCUUUGUGUCUCUUGUUAACAUUGCACAAACAGUGAAAUGCCUCAGAAAUAAAUGUAUUAAUGUUGUGAGAAGUAUUGUUAUACAAGUAUCAACCUGUACAACUGUGCAGUGCCUUUACAAGUUAAUAAAUGAAAUGUAUUUUUUUCA